CAGGACGAUUCCUGUCAGGAAAGAAGCUGGACCAGUCGUUGUUCUUUUUUUUUUUUUUUUUUUUUUUUUUUUUUUUUUUUUUUUUUUUCAUUUAUUUUGAUUUUGAUUUUUGGGGGUGGCAGCGGUGAAUCUCUGAGCUGCCUGCGGAGAUGAGCUCCGGUGCCUGCCCGUAGUUUCCACUUUGGGAUCGCUGGACAGAGAAGUGGCAUUUCGGUGGGGGGAAGCUGCAGACAUGAUGUUCUACUCUCCCUGGAGCAUGUGUAGAGGAAGAGUUGAAAUGUGACUAGGAGGGCACUUUUUCUUGUCUGUGUGCAGUGACAAACACUUCUUACACAAAGUUCAAAUUUUGGAAAGUUUGAGCCUUAGUCACAAAAAUCUUUUUGCCUUUAUACCAAAUUGCUUGGAAUUAAGCUGUUUGUGCUGUAGGGGGAUUCAAACUUCAUCAAAUGUUGUCCUGCUGGGUAUCAGCAGAGGUGAUCUUUUGAAUGUGAAGAUGUCCAUGAAAGCAGGCACAGAUUUCUCUGUUCUUUCACUGUGUUGGCAGCAAGAGGAAGGAAAGUGCAUUACAAAACAAAUUAGGGCUGACAGAUAAGUUUCCUUUUCCAAGUAAGAGUUGCUUUCUAGGAUGUGACACAAUCCUUGUUCUUUUUUUAAGUGCGAGGAAGACGGAAGGAGAGAAGAAUUGCCGAUGGUCGAUUUAGGUGGAGGAGCUCACUGAACUGCAUUUAUCAAUUCAUUUGAAUGGGGAUGGCUCAGUGAGAUUUCACAGGUAUCUCCACCUGUUUUAGGGAAGUAGCAUUUGCUAUGGUCUAGGAUAAGCACUGCAGUUCAGAAUGCUGCUCCACUGCCGUAAUCGCCGCUAAGGCACCGGCGGCAGAUGUGCUAGCCCGGCAGCAACAGCAAAUAUGAAAGCAGGAAAUGUCUCUCUGCCCAUUGAUUUAGGUUUUAGGUGAUUAUUCAGUGCAGUUUUCUCUUUAAACACUGAGUAGAAGCUGUAUCACUUGCCUGCACAUGUGUUUGUACACACUGAGCCUUCAAAGUAUUCUGGAGAUUGAUUAGUUAUACAAUCAAAAUUUAGAAACUGAAGAUCAAAUCCCAUUUGUCUAUUUUAGUCCAACCCUGCAUCAUAUAUGCAGUAAGGGCUCAUAGACUUUGUUGUAACCCCCUCACACUCCAAUAUGUGUACUGUAAAUCUUAAAAAUGCUUUUAAAAAUCCAGUCUGGGCCUGUUCCUUCUGGGGAAUAUUGGGUCUAUUCAUAAAAUCAAUCUUGGUCUUCUAUAUCAGGAGUUAGACCCAAUGAUCCUUAUGGAUCCCUUCCAACUCAGGAUAUUCUAUGAUUCUAUGAUAUCAUGUUGUGUGGAGUAUAAGACAAGCCAGGAUUCAUUUCCUGGGCAGGAGCAUCGUCAAGUAUUGUCUGUUCACAUAACAGAAAAUGCCUGGAGACCUGCAAUUCAUAAACCAUCUCUUCCACUGGGUCACCUGAACUUAAAUGGGCCAGUCUUACAAAUGAACUGAACCCCCAAAUUUUAUAAUUGAAGGCUUUCAAUAUUCUGCUAAUUCCUUUUCAACUGUCUCUGUGUCUUUGGAUGCUGAAAACCAUUCCAUCCUUACCUCUAACAUAAAGAAGAAUAGAAAGGGAGACUAUGGUUAGCCAAAAAGCUUUUAGAAGUGACUGCCAGAAGUGGUUAGAAAAACUGACAGAGUAUGAGAGACACUGGAAUUUGCUUUCUGCCUGUUGAUACAAAGAGCAUUAGGUGGUUGAACUGUGGGCAGCACAGAUCCUGUCAGUCUGGAACAAACAACUGCUUCUAUUUCUAGAAAAUUACCCUUUGUGCAGCUGGGUUUAAGGUGUGAUCAGCUUUUUUGUCACAAAUUUUUGUUCUAGAAAGCAGAGAACCAUCUCAAGAGCCAACUGUCCAGUGUGCUCCUGCAGACAGAGCUGUGAUCACGGAUUCCUUACGGUGUUUCCUUACGGUGGUGCUAAAACAAAGCAAAGUUCAUGCAGCCUUUAAUUGCUGCUGUGCAUGCUUGACACUUCAGCAGAUCAGACUCUGAGCUGUCAAGUUGAUCAUUCAUAGGCUGCAACACAUUCUAACACAAUUAUGAAAUGCUGGGUUGAAGGGAUUUGCCCAACAUUGCCCAGAGUCUUGGGGCAUCAUUUGGCUACCUUAAUUUGAAACACAUUUAUCCUCAUUCCACAGUCCUCUGCUUAGUCACUACAAACCUCUCAGCUCUGCAACGGUGAGGAUGGCUGGACCAUCGCAGUGGCGCACUGAUUUUUGUGGAUGGUGAUCACAAAAAGGGAAUUGAGAAGAGGCCACCUGAAUUAUUCUGACACAUGACUUCAGUGCAUUCUAUUCUUAGACAGAUGAGGAUCUGAAAUAUGUAGACUGAGAAUAACACAUGCCUAGGUAAAAACAGUAUCCUACAAGAAGCAUUUGAUGGAUUGUUCCUAGAUAUUUCUAAGAAGGCAACUACAAAAAGUUAUUCCAAUCUGACCACCCCACAGACGUCAUUAUUUUAAUGUUGAAUACUCAGACAAAGGUGCCAUGGAUGUAAAAGAAAGGAAACCGUAUCGAUCUCUGACUCGGCGCCGUGACACUGAGCGCCGCUACACCAGCUCUUCAGCCGAGAGUGAGGACAGCAAGGCUCCCCAGAAGUCCUACAGCUCCAGCGAGACCCUAAAGGCUUAUGAUCAAGACUCCAGGCUGACCUACAGCAAUCGGGUCAAAGACAUGGUGCACCAGGAGGCCGAUGAAUUCUGCCGAGCAGGAGCCAACUUCUCUUUGCGAGAACUGGGACUUGAAGAUGUGACACCCACACACGGCACUUUGUACCGCACCGACAUCGGGCUGCCUCACUGCGGCUACUCCAUCAGCGCCGGCUCGGAUGCCGACACGGAAGCAGACGUGGUCAUGUCACCCGAGCACCCAGUCAGGCUCUGGGGACGCAACACCAAGUCCGGACGCAGCUCCUGCUUGUCGAGCCGGGCCAACUCCAACCUCACCCUCACCGACACGGAGCAUGAGAAUACUGAAACCGGUCCCCCCCUGCCCUGUUCGUCCGCCUCCUCCACCCCCCGCUCGCAGUCCCCCUCCCCUCUCCCCUCGCCGCCGGCCAAUGAGGGCCCGGGGCGGUCGCUGGGCGACGGCGCGGCCCGGGCGGCCGCGGGCUCGGACUCUGAGGAAGAGUUUGUCCCUCAGUCAUUCUUAGUUCAAAGUGGCUCUGGAAACCUCUGUGUCGCCGCCAACGAUCAUCCUCCAAAUAUUCAAAAUCACUCAAGACUUCGAACUCCUCCACCUCCAAUAUCACAUGCUCACACCCCAAAUCAGCAUCAUGCAGCCUCCAUCAAUUCCCUGAACAGAGGGAACUUCACUCCACGCAGCAACCCCAGCCCAGCUCCUACGGACCACUCUCUCUCUGGAGAACAACCAGCCACUACUCAAGAGCCAGCCCAUGCUCAGGACAACUGGUUACUCAACAGUAACAUCCCAUUGGAGACAAGGCACUUCCUGUUCAAACCUGGAGGCACUUCUCCCCUUUUUUGUACAACAUCGCCGGGAUAUCCCCUGACGUCCAGCACUGUGUACUCACCUCCCCCUAGGCCCCUUCCCAGAAGUACCUUUUCUAGGCCUGCCUUUAACCUGAAGAAACCCUAUAAGUACUGUAACUGGAAAUGUGCUGCUCUGAGUGCCAUUGUCAUCUCUGUCACGCUGGUGAUCCUGCUGGCCUAUUUCAUAGCCAUGCACCUGUUUGGCCUAAACUGGCACCUGCAGCCGAUGGAAGGGCAGAUGUAUGAGAUCACGGAAGACACAGCCAGCAGUUGGCCAGUGCCAACGGACGUCUCCUUAUAUCCUUCGGGGGGCACAGGGUUAGAGUUACCUGACAGGAAAGGCAAAGGAACCAGUGAAGGAAAGCCCAGUAGUUUCUUUCCAGACGACAGUUUUAUAGACUCCGGAGAAAUUGAUGUAGGCAGACGAGCCACACAGAAGAUCCCUCCUGGUAUCUUUUGGAGAUCUCAGGUGUUCAUCGACCACCCAGUGCAUCUGAAAUUCAAUGUGUCUUUAGGAAAGGCUGCUCUGGUUGGCAUCUAUGGCAGAAAAGGACUCCCACCAUCACACACACAGUUCGACUUUGUUGAGCUCCUUGAUGGAAGACGUCUGCUGACACAGGAGGCGAGAAGCUUGGAAGGACCUCAGCGGCAGCACAGAGCGUUUGUGCCCUUGGCCAGCCACGAGACAGGAUUUAUCCAGUAUUUAGAUUCAGGAAUAUGGCAUUUAGCCUUCUACAAUGACGGCAAGGAAUCGGAAGUGGUUUCUUUUCUUACUACUGCUAUUGAAUCAGUGGAUAACUGUCCCAGUAAUUGCUAUGGGAAUGGAGACUGCGUGUCUGGGACUUGCCAUUGCUUCCUUGGCUUUCUGGGCCCUGACUGUGGCAGAGCGUCCUGCCCAGUGCUGUGCAGUGGAAAUGGGCAGUACAUGAAAGGAAGGUGCUUGUGCCACAGUGGCUGGAAGGGAGCAGAGUGUGAUGUCCCAACCAACCAGUGCAUUGAUGUCUCCUGCAAUAACCAUGGCACGUGCAUCAUGGGCACCUGUAUCUGCAACCCGGGAUACAAAGGCGAGAGCUGUGAAGAAGUGGACUGCAUGGAUCCCACCUGCUCGGGACGAGGCGUGUGCGUCCGAGGAGAAUGUCACUGUUCAGUUGGCUGGGGAGGAACAAACUGUGAGACCCCAAGAGCCACUUGUCUGGAUCAGUGCUCUGGUCAUGGGACCUUCCUCCCAGAUACUGGACUCUGCAGCUGCGAUCCCAACUGGACUGGCCACGACUGCUCAAUCGAGAUUUGUGCAGCGGACUGCGGAGGACAUGGCAUUUGUGUCGGAGGCACCUGCCGCUGCGAGGAGGGCUGGAUGGGCACAGCCUGUGAUCAGCGGGCGUGUCACCCACGCUGCAAUGAGCACGGGACCUGCCGCGAUGGCAAGUGUGAAUGCAGCCCGGGCUGGAACGGAGAGCACUGCACUAUUGAGGGAUGCCCUGGCUUGUGCAAUGGCAAUGGCAGAUGCACUCUGGACAUGAACGGCUGGCACUGCGUCUGCCAGCUGGGCUGGAGAGGAGCAGGCUGUGACACUUCCAUGGAGACAGCAUGUGGCGAUGGGAAAGACAACGAUGGAGAUGGCCUGGUGGAUUGCAUGGAUCCAGACUGCUGCUUGCAGCCACUGUGCCACGUUAAUGCUCUGUGCCUGGGCUCUCCAGACCCCCUGGAUAUCAUCCAGGAGACACAAGCCCCCGUCUCCCAGCAGAGCUUGCAUUCCUUCUAUGAUCGAAUCAAGUUCCUCAUUGGCAAGGACAGCACUCACGUCAUCCCAGGGGACAAUCCUUUUGAAGGCGGACAUGCAUGUGUGAUUCGAGGCCAGGUGAUGACAGCAGAUGGGACCCCUCUAGUUGGAGUAAACAUCAGCUUUGUCAACAAUCCUCUGUUUGGAUACACAAUCAGCAGACAAGAUGGCAGCUUUGAUCUUGUUACCAUUGGUGGAAUCUCCAUUAUCCUGCACUUUGAGCGGGCUCCCUUCAUCACCCAGGAGCACACGCUGUGGUUGCCGUGGGAUCGCUUUUUUGUGAUGGAAACCAUAGUCAUGAGGCACGAAGAGAAUGAGAUCCCAAGCUGUGACCUCAGUAACUUCGCCCGGCCCAACCCUGUGGUCUCUCCAUCUCCGCUCACUGCUUUUGCAACUUCCUGCUCAGAGAAAGGUCCUAUUGUUCCUGAAAUCCAGGCUCUACAAGAGGAGAUUAACGUUUCCGGCAGUAAAAUAAAAGUGAGUUACCUGAGCAGUCGCACAGCUGGCUACAAAUCAGUGCUGAGGAUCAGCAUGACCCACCCCACCAUCCCCUUCAACCUCAUGAAAGUCCACCUCAUGGUGGCUGUGGAGGGACGCCUCUUCAGGAAGUGGUUUGCAGCGGCUCCGGACCUGUCCUACUAUUUCAUCUGGGACAAGACAGAUGUCUACAGCCAGAAGGUGUAUGGGCUCUCAGAAGCCUUUGUUUCAGUAGGUUAUGAGUAUGAAUCCUGUCCAGACUUAAUCCUAUGGGAGAAGAGGACAGCUGUGCUUCAGGGUUAUGAAAUCGAUGCUUCCAAACUUGGAGGAUGGUCCCUGGAUAAACACCAUGCCCUCAACAUACAAAGUGGCAUCUUGCAUAAAGGAAAUGGGGAAAACCAGUUCAUUUCCCAGCAGCCGCCUGUAAUUGGAAGCAUUAUGGGCAAUGGCCGCAGACGGAGCAUUUCUUGUCCAAGCUGCAAUGGUCUGGCAGAUGGAAACAAACUCCUGGCUCCUGUUGCCCUAACAUGUGGGUCUGAUGGAAGUCUUUAUGUUGGAGAUUUCAACUACAUCCGAAGGAUCUUUCCCUCUGGCAAUGUCACCAACAUACUGGAGCUGAGCCACAGCCCAGCUCAUAAGUAUUACUUGACCACAGAUCCGAUCACCGGCUCCAUCUACCUCUCGGACACCAACAGCCGACGUAUCUAUAAAAUCAAGUCAACCACAUCAGUGAAGGACAUUGUGAAGAACUCGGAGGUCUUGGCUGGAACUGGGGAUCAGUGCCUCCCGUUCGAUGAUACCCGCUGCGGAGAUGGAGGCAAAGGCACUGAUGCCACCCUUACAAAUCCCAGGGGCAUCACUGUGGAUAAGUUUGGGCUGAUUUACUUUGUGGACGGCACCAUGAUCAGGAGAAUUGACCAGAAUGGGAUCAUCUCAACUGUGUUGGGUUCCAAUGACUUGACAUCUGCUCGGCCUCUCAGCUGUGACUCUGUUAUGGACAUUUCUCAGGUUCGUCUAGAAUGGCCCACGGAUCUGGCAGUGAAUCCCAUGGAUAAUUCUCUCUACGUCCUCGACAAUAACGUUGUGCUGCAGAUCUCUGAGAACCACCAAGUGCGCAUCGUGGCAGGGAGGCCCAUGCACUGCCAGGUGCCAGGCAUGGAUCACUUUCUCCUCAGCAAGGUGGCAAUCCACGCCACGCUGGAGUCUGCCACCGCCCUGGCCGUGUCCCACAACGGGGUCCUGUACAUCGCCGAGACCGACGAGAAGAAGAUCAACCGCAUCAGGCAGGUCACCACCAACGGGGAGAUCUCCCUGGUCGCCGGCGCCCCGAGCAGCUGCGACUGCAAGAACGAUGCCAACUGCGACUGCUUCUCCGGGGACGACGGCUACGCCAAGGACGCCAAGCUCAACGCGCCCUCCUCCCUCGCCGUGUGCGCGGAUGGGGAGCUGUACGUCGCCGACCUGGGCAAUAUCCGGAUCCGCUUCAUUCGCAAAAACAAACCGUUCCUUAACACACAAAAUCUCUACGAGUUAUCCUCACCCAUAGACCAGGAACUCUACUUGUUUGACACCAGUGGGAAGCACCUUUAUACUCAGAGCCUUACCACUGGAGAUUAUCUUUACAAUUUUACUUACUCUGGAGAUGGAGAUAUAACCCUGAUCACUGACAAUAAUGGCAACUUAGUCAAUAUCCGAAGAGAUUCCACAGGGAUGCCCCUCUGGCUGGUGGUGCCUGAUGGCCAAGUCUACUGGGUCACAAUUGGUACCAACAGUGCACUCAAGAGCGUAACAACACAGGGGCAUGAAGUAGCCAUGAUGACUUACCACGGCAACUCUGGUCUCCUUGCCACUAAAAGCAAUGAAAAUGGUUGGACAACAUUUUAUGAAUAUGACAGCUUUGGCCGCCUGACCAACGUGACCUUCCCUACUGGCCAGGUGAGCAGCUUCCGCAGCGAUACCGACAGCUCCGUGCAUGUCCAGGUGGAAACUUCCAGCAAGGAUGAUGUUACAAUCACAACCAAUUUGUCAGCAUCGGGGGCCUUCUACACCUUGCUCCAAGACCAAGUCCGAAACAGCUACUACAUUGGUGCUGAUGGCUCCCUCAGACUGAUGCUCGCCAAUGGCAUGGAGGUGGCCCUGCAGACCGAGCCACAUCUGCUGGCUGGCACUGUCAACCCCACCGUGGGGAAGAGGAAUGUCACCCUGCCCAUUGACAACGGCCUCAACCUGGUGGAGUGGAGGCAGAGGAAGGAGCAAGCAAGAGGGCAGGUCACCGUCUUUGGACGCCGGCUGAGGGUUCACAACAGAAACCUGCUGUCCCUUGACUUUGAUCGUGUGACAAGGACUGAGAAAAUCUAUGAUGACCACCGCAAGUUCACGCUCCGCAUCCUCUACGACCAGGCAGGGAGGCCGAGUCUCUGGUCACCCAGCAGCAGACUGAACGGGGUCAAUGUCACCUAUUCCCCAGGAGGACACAUUGCAGGGAUUCAGAGGGGUACCAUGUCAGAAAGGAUGGAGUACGAUCAGUCUGGCAGAAUUACAUCCAGAAUCUUUGCUGAUGGUAAAUCAUGGAGCUACACCUACUUGGAGAAGUCCAUGGUGCUUCUCCUUCACAGCCAGAGACAGUACAUCUUUGAGUUUGACAAGAAUGACCGGUUGUCCUCGGUGACCAUGCCCAACGUUGCCCGUCAGACUCUGGAAACCAUUCGUUCCAUUGGUUACUACAGGAACAUCUACCGGCCACCAGAAGGCAAUGCCUCAGUAAUUCAGGACUUCACAGAGGAUGAGCAGCUCCUCCACACUUUGUACUUGGGCACAGGGAGACGUGUCAUCUACAAGUAUGGGAAGCUGUCCAAAUUAGCCGAGAUGCUCUACGACACCACAAAGAUCAGUUUCACGUACGAUGAAACUGCGGGCAUGCUGAAGACCAUAAACUUGCAGAAUGAAGGGUUUACCUGCACAAUCAGGUACAGACAGAUAGGACCCCUCAUUGACCGACAGAUUUUCCGCUUCACUGAGGAAGGCAUGGUGAAUGCACGCUUUGACUAUAACUAUGACAACAGCUUCCGUGUGACCAGCAUGCAAGCGGUCAUCAAUGAGACACCUUUGCCUAUUGAUCUCUACAGGUACGAUGAUGUGUCAGGCAAAACUGAGCAAUUUGGUAAAUUUGGCGUAAUUUACUACGAUAUCAACCAGAUUAUCACCACUGCCGUCAUGACCCACACUAAACAUUUUGAUGCCUAUGGCAGGAUGAAGGAGGUGCAAUAUGAGAUAUUCCGGUCUCUCAUGUACUGGAUGACUGUGCAGUAUGACAACAUGGGGAGAGUGGUUAAGAAAGAGCUGAAGGUUGGCCCUUAUGCAAACACAACUCGUUACUCAUAUGAGUAUGAUGCUGAUGGCCAGUUGCAGACUGUGUCUAUCAAUGACAAACCUCUCUGGCGUUACAGCUAUGACCUAAAUGGAAACCUCCAUCUGUUGAGUCCGGGGAAUAGUGCCCGCCUUACACCACUCAGGUAUGACCUCAGGGAUAGGAUUACUAGACUGGGGGAUGUGCAGUACAAAAUGGAUGAAGAUGGCUUCCUGAAGCAAAGGGGCAAUGAUAUUUUUGAGUACAAUUCAGCUGGCCUGCUCAUCAAAGCCUACAACAAAGCAAGUGGGUGGAGUGUGAAGUACCGCUAUGAUGGCCUAGGAAGGAGAGUCUCCAGCAAAACCAGCCAUGGCCAUCACUUGCAGUUCUUCUACGCAGAUCUGACCAACCCAACCAAGGUCACUCAUUUGUACAACCACUCGAGCUCCGAGAUCACCUCCCUGUACUACGACCUCCAAGGCCACCUCUUUGCGAUGGAGCUCAGCAGCGGCGAUGAAUUCUACAUAGCCUGUGAUAACAUUGGCACUCCUUUGGCUGUCUUCAGUGGGACUGGCUUAAUGAUCAAGCAGAUACUGUACACAGCAUAUGGGGAGAUCUAUAUGGACACUAAUCCCAACUUCCAGAUCAUCAUUGGCUACCAUGGAGGACUGUAUGACCCCCUCACGAAGCUUAUCCACAUGGGGCGGAGAGACUACGAUGUGCUAGCGGGUCGCUGGACAAGUCCGGACCAUGAUAUGUGGAAGCAUCUGAGUAGCAAUAACAUAAUGCCUUUCAACCUGUAUAUGUUCAAAAACAACAAUCCCAUUAGCAAUUCUCAGGAUAUCAAAUGUUACAUGACAGAUGUCAACAGUUGGCUGCUCACCUUUGGGUUCCAGCUGCACAAUGUCAUCCCCGGCUACCCCAAGCCAGACAUGGAUGCGAUGGAGCCAUCCUAUGAGCUAAUCCACACACAGAUGAAAACCCAAGAAUGGGACAAUAGCAAGUCCAUUUUGGGGGUCCAGUGUGAAGUGCAGAAGCAGCUGAAGGCCUUUGUCACUCUGGAGCGCUUUGAACAAAUCUACAGCUCCAGCAUCGCUGGGUGCCGGCACGUCAAGAAGAACAAGAACUUUGCUUCUGGAGGCUCCAUCUUUGGCAAGGGCGUCAAGUUUGCCAUGAAGGACGGGCGUGUGGCCACCGACAUCAUCAGCGUGGCCAACGAGGAUGGGCGCAGGAUCGCGGCCAUCCUGAACAACGCCCACUACCUGGAGAACUUGCACUUCACCAUCGACGGGGUGGACACGCACUAUUUCAUUAAGCAGGGGCCGUCGGAGGGCGACCUCUCCAUCCUGGGCCUGAGCGGCGGGCGGAGGACCCUGGAGAACGGCGUGAAUGUGACAGUGUCCCAGAUCAACACAGUGCUGGGUGGGAGGACUAGACGCUACACGGACAUCCAGCUCCAGUACGGUGCACUGUGUCUAAACACGCGCUACGGGACCACCUUGGACGAGGAGAAGGCACGCGUCCUGGAGCUGGCCCGGCAGCGCGCCGUCACCCAAGCUUGGUCCCGGGAACAGCAGAGACUGCGGGACGGGGAGGAGGGUAUCCGCUCGUGGACAGAAGGGGAGAAGCAGCAAGUGCUAAACACGGGCCGGGUACAGGGCUACGAUGGCUAUUUUGUGAUCUCGGUGGAGCAACUCUCAGACAGCGCCAACAACAUCCACUUCAUGAGACAGAGUGAAAUGGGCAGAAGGUGACAGAGAGGGUCAAUGCGGUGACUUCUUGCCAAAGACAGCUACUCUUUUGUGGCCACUUACCUGACUGUGUUGUACUCAAUCCUUUUUCUAAACUGAACAAGGUGGGGGGGGAGGAAAAUAGAAAGAGAAGGAAUAAUACGGUUGCACUGUAACUCAUGCAACAUACUUUUUUCCCGCUUUAAUUUGGCCUUCACGCGUUUUUUGCAAUGAACAGAAGGUAUAUUUUGCCGUAGUGUGAUCACAGUGAAAUUUACUGUCUCUUGUCCUUUUUUUAUUUUUGUUUUUGGUUUUUUCUUUUGGUUUUUUUGUUUAUUUCUUUCCCCCCCUCUCUGUGAGGAAUUUGAAGUGGGGAGUCGUCAACGUAUGUCCUUAGGUGUAAGUGCGAAAUGGGUGUCUGUGCUAACUUGUGUCAUCCUAACCUUUCUGAUUUGGGGCAGGGACAUAGCCUUCCACCUGGAACAGGGUGAGCCCAUGGCGUGCCAGAGAGCUCUUCCCAGAAAGAAAGGAGAUGGAAGACAACGCUGACUCUGAUACUCUGAAAGUGACCGUUUGAAUCAUGUGCCUCAAAAGAGACCUUACAAGUAGUUUUCACGUUUCACUUGGGACAUAAAGUGUUUCUUUGGGGGCUCCUGUUGAGCAGAAGUAGAUUAUAGAGGCAAAGGAGCUGAUUAUAUUACCUUGCAGGAUGAUACUCUUCCUUCCUGAACUGGAAUAAAAAAA